GAUAUAAAGAAAAUAUUCUGUGCUGCAAGAGGGAACAUUACAAAAAAAAAUAAUUCCAGCAAAUAUUUUACAAAAAUCAUCCCCACAGAGAUUGAUUAAGGGAUCGUUCUGUUUAAAUAUUUAAUCUCAAAAGUGUGAAACAUGUGGUAAAAUUAUAAACAAAAAAAUUGUAUCCUUGCAAGAGUCGUAAAAAUUGAAAUGAAUCAAAUAAGUUACAAAAAAGUUCAGAUUAUGCCAUUUGAGUUUUAUUUUCCUAAAGGGUGUGAAUACGUAUUUUAAAACUUGAUAUUUGAAUUGUAAGGUUUCUACAGCAAGCAGGAGUUGAAUGACUACUAAAUAAGAAUAUGUUUUUAUAAGAUAUUCUUUUUUUCUCGUUAUAAGAAAACAGGAUGUAUUCGUUCAAAAUUUAUAUGAAAAUUUGAUGUGCUCAAAGAGAUCAUUUCAAUCACAAAUAAAGCUACAUUUUAUGGAAAUCGAUUUUGGCAGAAUGAAGCAUCAAUGAAAGGGUCAAAAUAACAGUCGUAUCUUUAAAAAAAUAAACCGUUAAGAAUAUUCCGUAUAACUAUUCAAGCACUUAUUCAGUAUGGUAGUUACUAAUUGGCCC